AUGAGAUAUAUGCCCGACUUCUCUGUUGGUUGCCGUCGCAUCACACCGGGAAUACCCUACAUUCGCGCCGUCCAGCAGGAAAACGUCGACGUCCAUUUCACACACGUCACUAAGAUCGUUCCUAACGGCGUCGUUGGAGCAGACGGCGUACUUCGAGAAGUCGAUGCCAUUGUCUGCGCUACCGGCUUCAAAACCACGUUCCGCCCUCGCUUCCCCUUCAUUGGCAGGAAUGGCAUCAACCUCCAAGACAAAUGGGCAGAGGAAGCUACAGCUUUAUUCGGGUUGACGAUCCCUGACAUGCCCAACAUGAUCAUACACGGCGGACCACCCGGCCCACUUCAGAACGGCACCCCGCUGGGUGCUUUCCACGCGUUCUCGGACUUCGGCAUCGCGCUGAUCCAGAAGAUCCAGAAAGAGAACAUUCGCGCUAUUUCUCCAACCUAUGAGGCGCUCAACGAAUUCUACAAUUACAUCCAGUCGCUCAUUGGGCUUACUGUCUUCGCAGACAACUGCCGCAGCUGGUAUCGGGACAACAAGACGGGUAAGGUGACCAACGCCUACCCGGGAAGUGCGCUGCACUUAAUGGAAUCACUCAAGGCACCGCGGUGGGAGGAUUUCGACAUCAGGUAUUGGAGCAAGGAUCGGUAUGCAUGCUUGGGCUACGGGCUCGUGAAGGGACUGAAGCAGCCCGGUUCGGACCUCACGUACUAUCUGACGCCAGAUAAAAUUGACACUAAAUGGUUGAAGUCCGUGGAACAGGCGCGUAAGCAUGGUUGGAAUUCUGUUAUCGGCACGACCACGAAUGGGUCCCCUAAUGAGGUGAUUAAAGGCGUUACGAAUGGGGCUACUAAUGGCAUUUAG